GGAAUGAUUUUUCUGUACCAUGCAAAUGUCAUUUAAAAAAAACUUUAAUUCAACAUGUAAUUUUGUAAGUAAAUUGUUAGUAAAGAUUUUACGCUCGAGUUGAAAUGAUUUCACCUGUCACUUACAAAUUGACCUAGUGGUGAAGAAGAAGAAGCUUUCCAAAACAGUUAUGGCGGAUGAUGAUGACCAAAUCUUAUCUAAAUUAUUUUCUAAAUUUGAUGUGGUACUAAAUAAUCGCUCUGAGUCUGUAUACAUCCUAAUUGAUUUCAAUGGUGGAAAUAAGUUUGUAAACAUAUGCCUCACACUUGCUGAUAAUACUUUUAUAAAAUACGUUUUCGUCUUUAAUUUUGGAUCAGUGAAAAUUUAAACAUAAAGAAUGUUCUGGCAAAUUUUUGACAAUGAUUUACUUAGCAUUAGAGACAACAGGAAUGAAGGCAACUAAGAUUGGAAUACAUACCGUGGACAUCAAUAACCCCAGCACUAGCGAAAAACUUUUUGACCCCUCCAUACAGACACCUCCUUCUAAGAAAAAAAUCAAUAGUGUUAAGACCUUAGAAGAAAAUUUGCAAGCUAGUGUAUGUACUUUAGUCUAUGCCGACAACUCCACUUUUUCAGACAGGGCUGUUCAAUGUGAAAUGAACAGUGAUUCUGAUUUUCAAAAUUCAUCUGCAAUGAGUGUGGCACCAAUGAUACAGGAAGAUAUUGCUAUUGAUGCAGAUGGCACAGUUGGCAGUGGGGCCAUGGGAUAUGUGAAUAGUGAAAAUCGAUUGUUUCUGUUUGAAUCCGGCACUCCAGAUUUAAUUGUGGACACAACUGAUAGUGAUAGUGACAUUGAUAUUGUAAGCUUGAGAACAAAUGCUCAGGCACAAGAGAAUCAUACGAACCAUGAUCAUACAUACAUAGAUCUUUGGCAUCCUAAUAAUAAUGUAGAUAUGGUCACUGAAGUCAGUAAUGAGCCAUCAUCUAGCCACAGUAGUGAGAGAUUUCAAGCCAAAAGUUGUAGCAAUAAAGUCAAAGACAAUGAUUGGCCUGUUGCACCAGAUCUUCAGUUAGAUUGUCUCUUUACUGAUGAAGAUGAUGAUAGCAGCGUAGAAGUAGUUGGAGUUGAGCCUGCUAGGUCAGCUGCAACAAAAACUAUCAGGUCUAGGUCUAAUCGUAAUGUGCCCCAAACAAGUGCGUCUGGUCCUGUUCGUAAUACUCGCACAUUGAAUAAUGGUAAAUUAGACCGACCAAUUGUUGUUGAUUUAACCCAGUCCGAUGACGAUUCACCACCAACUUCAACCGCUGUGAGUCGUGCUCCUGUGACAACUACAAACAGUUCUGUAAGCUGUAAUCUGAUGACUGAUCAUAAUCCAAGUCCUCCAGCCUCCUUCUGGGAUGCAUACUCAGAAAAUAAUAGGCAUGCACAACAAAUUUAUCCUGUUGUUCAAUUUUCCAGUUGCCGCUAUCAUUCAACAAGCCAGCCUUCUCUUCCUUUCCAUGAAACACCUGACACUGGAUUAAGAACAAUCGGUACAGGACCGGUUCCAGAUCCUUGUCUUACUUAUGGUAAUUGCCUGCCUAGAAAUCGGUGUCUACAUUCUCAUCAUGCACUUUAUCCAACUACGUCAAGUCCACAUUUUAGUUAUGUGCCUGCCAAUGUGCAUAAUCCUGCUCAUCAUCAUCCUGCACUCAACAAUCCUCCAGCAUUUGGACAGCUAUAUAAUUCAGUGACUGUUUCCACUCCUUCCAAUCACCACGAUCCGACGAUCCAUCCCCAUCCUCCUGGCUUGGUGAGAAUGAAUCCUACUCACUCAAGAAUUUGGCAAUCUCAGCAGCGAAUGCAGGAAGUAAACAGGCGGAGGUUCCAUCAACAUAGUGUUUUAAUGCAAAUGCAACAAGAGUUAACAAUGCAUUUGAUGGAAAGCCAAGCCCAUGCAGCUACUCCUGCAUUUUAUCUCUGCCCCGAUACAACACCUAACAUCACUGCCACGGCCACUGUGGCUCCUGUCACUACAAGUCAACCUACUGCACACCUAAUGCACACUUCCUUACUAGUACCUCCUGCCAAUCCUGGUAAUAAUCCUCCAGGCCCAUCAGGACUGAAUGUUAUACCUUCAGCAAUACCACCGCCACCUACUCUGCCUACCUCAGUGCCCAGCCAAUCUGUUCCAUGCGCCGCUACAGACGCUGAUGCCAUUGUAAUGCAAGCUGAAGCCUUGGUUUCGGGAUCAAAUCCUGAAGUGGGACAUAUUCAUCAUCAUCAUAUUCACCAGCAUCAUUAUCAUCAUCCGCCUCCUCCAAGAUUGCAUCAUUUUAGUGUGCCAUCUGUAAUUGGUCUUCCAACAGGAAUGCCUAUGGGUAUUAGGCCUCCUGAGCUAUUUGGUUUGCCUCACUUGACUGAGCUUCCUCCUACACCUCCUCUAUUCCAGCACCACUAUGUACCUGUACUGCCACGUCAAGUUCAUGCUAGGAUAGAAGAUUAUAUGAGGUUUGUUGAUCAGCGAAGAAUGGCUGUGAAUCGUGGUGCCUCUCAAGCUACUAUUGAAAGAUAUACUUUGCCUCACAAAUACAAAAAGAUAAUAAAAUGCAACGAAAAUGAGGACAACUUAGAAAAAUGCACUAUCUGCCUUUGUGAAUUUGAAGAUGAUGAAAAUGUCAGGAGGCUACCUUGCAUGCACUUGUUCCAUAUUGAAUGUGUUGAUCAAUGGCUGACUACCAAUAAGCGGUGUCCCAUUUGUAGAGUUGACAUUGAGGAUCAUCUAAAAGAUUUCGGCAUUACUUCGUGAUAUUGCUACUACUAUUCCAAAUACUAUGGUAUAGUGAAUAGAAUUUAACCUCAGUGUCAUUGACUGAUGUUUUAUAUCUUAUUGCACUAAAAUAUUUCUACUCAAAUUGUUUUUCUACAUUUUAUAAGUGUGUACUAUCUUCCAAGUAACUGUUCAAAUAACACAACGAUGAGCUUAGUGGCAUUAAAAUAAAUAAAAUAAUCAAUACUUGCAUACGAAAAAAAGCUAAUUCUGGAUAAUUUAUUAUAUCGCAAUAGUAUGGUCAACAAUAUUUGACUUGACACUUCUCUUUCAUUUAUUAUUAAUAAAAGUUUAAAAUACAAGAAUUGUCCUAAUGAAAAGCUAACAUAUGUAAUACCAUCACAAAUGCAGUAGUGAUAGAAGCACAUCCGGGGCAAUGAAGGAAGAUGGAGGAGUGUGGUUGUAGAUUGCAUAUAAUUGAUUAACUGAGUCAGCAUUAGAGCAUUUAAAGUGAAUGUUAAGUCAUGCUAAAGAUUGAUGACAGAAUAACACUAUUUUAAUACAACUAUUUUUAAUGGCAGAAUGUGAUAACACCAUUAUUUUACUAAGAUAGAGUGCUGCACAGAUGUCAGAUAUUUUAUCUCUUCGAUUUCUCUAAUUUAUUAAAUAGUUGUAAUGGUCGGUGUUUGCUUACCGUAAUUCGAUAUUGAUGUUCACCUUUCCUAAAACUUACACUCCAUUUGUGUAUAGCUGUUUUUCCUGGAAAAUGGCUCACCAUAAACACUCACCUCUUUCCACUAAAAACCGUAUUACUGCUCUAUGUUCUGUUCUGGAGACAAUAAUUUUUAGCAUUACUUUACAUUCACUUUAAAUGCUUUCUUGCAAACUGUUUAAUUAGUUAAUCUGUAGUGCACUUCUACUAUGUGUCUUUAUAACGUUGAAUGGAGGUGCUGAUAUCCAUACUCUUUUUCUGAUGCUAUAACAGGAUAAUUUUUCAUUUGGGCAACCUUUAUGUAAUGAACUCGUAAAUUAAAUUUACUCUUCCAAUGUCUUAUGGCCAAAGUUCAGCAAUUGUGUACAUUUUAGUCUAGAUCAUUUAAAUAUCUGGCAAUUCUUAAUAUCUUCUUACAAAAAUGUUUUAAAUCUUGUUAAUUGUCUGAAGUUAUAAAUUUGCUAAUGGAAGUAAAUCAGAUGAAAACUUUUAAAUUGUCGACUGUGAAGAUUUGCUCUCUCUGAAAAUUAAGCUAUCUGAAUUAUUGAUUAUAUACUUUUUCAAAUAUUUAACACUUUUUUUUCUUCCUUCAAAAUAUAAUAAAUUUCUUGUUAGUUUUUGACUGCAUGAGAAGCUAUUUAAGUAAACUUUCACUUUAAUAUUUUUGUAAUCAAAAUAAGGUAUGCACACUAUUUGGUGCCAGAAAAGACUGCUGUGUCAUUUUAAGAAUUGAUUGUCAUUUCAAUAUUGAUUGAUUGUUAUGAAAGAUUUUCAGUGCUUCGACCUACAGCUUUUUGUGAGACCCGUAUUUGGUGGUUAUAGGUAAAUCAUUUAAUAUAGGAAAGGGCAAUUUUAAAGUGCAGUGAUUUAUCUAAUUUUUAAACUCGCCUUGUUAAUUAACUUGUGUUUAAAAACAACAGCUUUAUUUCAUAAUCACUGUGCAAUAGUGAACAUUGGCUUCAUAAUUAAUUAUUUAAUGGGACAGAUAAAUGAUGUGGGUUUUAUAGGAAAAGUUAAUUACUAAUGACAGGUCAUUAAAAUAGUUUUAAGAAGUAGUUUCAGUUUUCUCUUUGUGCUUGUGAAACAUUAAUAACUAUAAAAAGAGAUAAACUUGUUUAAGUUUUUUGUAUUAAGAAAUACCUUGUUUUUCUAAAAGCGGAAAUCAUUACUAAAUAUUCACUUUGGCACUGAGUCUAAUUUACUUUUUUCUAACUUAUAUGAAUUAAAUAUAUCUCAUUAUUUGUUCUAGUUUGUUAUUGUAUUGCUUCAUCAAAGAAAUAUAUUUAUCUAAAUUAAAUUUUAGCAUAUUCUUCAUGCAUACUUAACUGAUUUAGUUGAAUUCACAAUUAAUAAAGUUAAACAUUAGUAGUUAUUCACAUUGCUUGUGGUUAUAGUAUUUACAUAACUUUUUUUUUAGUUUCUAAAACAUUUUUUUUUUUUUGUGUUAUAUAUAAAGUCAAGCUGAUCUUAUUCAUAUGUGUUAUUGUAAUAUCAUAGUUAUAGAAAUGUAUUUAGAUUUAUCAAGUUAUGUUGCUUUAAAUUCUAUUUAUUUUUUUUUUUUUUUAUUGUGACUAGAAGAAGUAACUUACAAAAUAAUUGGCUACAUAUUUAGGAACGAAGCUUUAAAGCAGUUUCUUUAGUAAGAAUCGACGCCUUGAAUGUUUCUAAAUAUGCAAAUUUAAAAUUUGUCUGUAGGAUGGUGAAUAUAACUUUUCCUCAAAGUGUUAAAGCUUUGUUUUCACUUCAUGAAUGUACUGUAUGUAGUUAGAAUUUCCACUAAUUUAAAAAAAAUUGCUUUAUCUUGACGUCAUUUAAAUAUAAUUAAUAAAUUUAACCUUUUUAUGUUCUUUUUCUGAGAGCAUUUUUUGUUAUUUUGUAGAGUUUAUUUUUUAUUUCUUCCCCCUUAUGAAAUAGAAUACCAAAUUCCAUAUUGACAAAAAUUGCUAUAUAGAUGUGAAACUCAGUGAAAUUCUAUGUUAAAUUCUGACAUGUUAUGAACUUGAAAACAAAAACAUGUGUUUGUGAGGUCAUUUUAAAUGUUUGCAUACGCCCACACUAAAAAUGCAAUAAGUGGAGUGUGCCACAUUUGUGUUUCAUGUACAAAAAAAGUAAGCCUCUUUGCUUAGCAAUGAGCAGAUUGUAUUAUUUCCCCAUGCUUUGUCUAACAUCGUGAGCUUUUUUUCAUUAUAGACUGUUUUGUUUGCAUUUAUCAUUUGAUGUUUCUUUUUCUUUAGAUAACCAAAGCGGGUAUUCAUUUACAUUCUCAGUAAAAGUUUGAAUUUAAAAGUGUUUUCAUGCACUUAAUGAUUAUGUAUAAAAGUAAACAGGGACACUGUGGGCCAUCACCGACCAUUAAACAGGGGCCUUUGAAUAAAUUUCACUGGUUUGUUAUUGCCUUAUGCUGUUUCUUGUCCAAGUUAUUUGCAAUUUUUUGCACUUAGCAUUGGUGCCAAAUCUUUAAACAUAUCUAAUAUUUUUAUUUCUUAAAAUAAUGCAUUGCAGAAAUUUCUUUCUUAGUAAAAUUGGAUUGCCGGGAAAAGAUGUUAAUUAUCUGGAGAAGAUAAAACUCUAGUAAUGAAAUCAUUAUUUCUACAUCUUAUUUACCAAAUUGAAAAAAAAAGGGUACUUUUCUGUUAGCCGGACGCAAAUGUCGCCAAAUGUGAACCAAACGCGAGCCAUGUCGCAAAGCGAAGCGAAUGACAAAGCAGUCAAUGGAAUAAAAGUCGAAAACUUUCAACUAUAAACAAAUAUUAAUGAAUUGUAAACAAAGCAGUUUUACCCUAAAAGGCGAUUUUUUUUUUGUUGCUAAGAUAGGAGAAAGAAAAGAAAAUGUGCUUUGUUUUGGAUGAAUUCAGAGAAUAGAGCAUGUGGCCCCAAAUUAACAUUCCCCUUAUGGUUGUAAGAAAUUUGGCAGAAUUCUACAUUAUUUGGCGAUUUUUUGCUUGUGCCUGGCUAACAGAAAAAAAAAAAAAAAAAAAAAAAAAAAAAAAAAAAAAAAAACAGUAAAUAAAAAUUGCUAAUGCUUACUCCCUUUUCCUAUUAACAUUUAAACUAUAUUUUUAUUUACAAGAUAUUUUACAAGUGAAUUCAUGUUUUGCCUGAUAAAAGUGAGUGAUAGUUAACAGAAAGUAUACACCCAAGCAUAAUCUAGAAAGGAAAUUUUCUUAUUUACACUUUAUCUUUUUCAGAUAAUAGCAGCACAAAAAUGCUUGUACUUUAAAGAUAAAGGAUAGUCUUAUUUUUAGGUUAAUGUAGUGCUAAAUCCUACUUCUUUUAUUUUUUCUUUUAAUUAUUUUAAUAUUUUUUCUUUCAAUUAUUUUAUAUUUUUUUCUUUUAAUUAUUUUUCCUAACUUUCAAUUUUUUAAUAUACUAAUUAUUGAAUUUUAUGUUUUUUUUGCAAAUUUGUCCUUGCUUUCCAAUUUAAAUUUUUUUGUUUGUUAUUUAUUCAUGUUUAAAAAUUGGCAUCUAUGCAUAUGUGUUUAUUCUACUUUGAGCAAUAUUUUUUGCAGCUUAGAAAUAUAAUAAAAUAAAAAAACAGGCUUUUUUCUGACUUAAUACCCUUUUUUGCUAUUUUAAAAUUUUUGAGUCAGAUUUAAAAAGCCUGUUUUAUUAAAAUAAAAGUCUGUUCUGUGUUCUUGUAGUAUAAUAUUUUCAUAAGACAUUUUUGCAAUCCUAUUUGCACUCUGCCAAAUAAAAAGCAAUAAGUGUGAGAUUUAAAAUUAAUUUUUUUACCUCUUUUAAGAAAUCUUCUCUGCUGGUUCUGAUCUGCAUGUGUCACUAACUAUGUUAAAUGGUGAUAGCACAUCUCGAAGAUGUGUUUUUUUGUAGCAGAUGUCUGUAUUAGUCCGAACGUGCUGACCUUACUCAGUGUGUACAAUGCUUUUAUUGUAAAUGUAUGUGAAAUUUCUAUGCAAGUACAUAUAGCUGUCAAUUGCUCAAAUCACCUUUAAAACUAUUUUAUUUUUAGACUCUUUGCAUUCUUUAUCAUCCUAUAUCAUUAGGUAAAGUGGUAUAAAAAAAAAAGGUUUAACUUCAUUAUUAGUUUGUUUUUGCUGUUCAACUACAUUUAAAAGCUGUAAGAUUACUUGUGUAGCAAUUUUUGAAUUAGUUUAAGAUGCUCUUUGUUAGUUAUCUUUAACUUUUGUUGACUUGAGUCAACAAAAUCUGUGAUUGAAAUCUAUGUCUGGUAUGAACAUAUUAUGUCAACUCUGUGUAAAAGGUUGGAAUUUCAUCUUUAAACUUCUGAAUGUGUAAGCUGUUUAAUUUUAUUCAUACUGUGGGUUCUGACAGAAGGCCUUAACUCUAACAAAAAUGUAAUUUAAAGUGAGGAUCCUCUUUACAAUUAAAGAGUUUUGCAUAGCAUGAUUCUUCUUAUUUUUUUUUUUAAUUAUACUUUCUUGAAAUUUUAUUAAAAAAUAGACUUAUUUAUUUUUAACUUUAUUUAUUGACAGUUGGGAAAUAGCAUGGAAUCGACUAAAGCUUCAUUUCUAGUACUAAUUUUUCAGUGAGUAAGUCGAUUUUUUUUGAGCUUCUUAAUGGCGGUAAAAGAUGAGGGGUUGAUGAUUUGUGUGCAUUUUUAUGCAUUUAAGAACUAAGAUUUUUUUUUAAAACAAAAAUUUUAUUUAGCUUUUAAAAUUUACUAGAAUAAAUAAAUUAAAACACAGAUCUGUAAGAUUGAUACAAACACAAAAGUAACACAAUCAAAAGUUUUAUAUGUGUAAAAAAAGAACAUUUUCACAUAACAUAUUAAUAAACUGUUAAAUUGAUUUGAAAAUAAUUCAGACUUUUAGUUUCUGGUAUUAUUAUAUAAAUUUAAAUUAUAUUUUAUUAUAAAAAUAUUGGUAAAACAUUUUUUGUUUUGUUUAUAGUAUUGUUAAGAAUUUUUUACUUAUAAUUGAAGUAGGGUUUUUAAUUGAUUAAUAUGUCAGAGAUUGUCUAAUAUUCCAAAAAGUAUGUUAAUUAAAACUACCUCAGUAAAGCUCUGUUUUUAUGUUUCUCAUUUGAAUCCCCUACAACGUAGUCUUACCUCAUUUUUUUUCUAAAGGUGUAAGAAAAUGUUAAGAGUUAUUCUUAUUAAAGAAUCCGACUCGGUUCAAUUGACAAUUUUGACAAAAAUAUCAAAUGUUUUUUUAUUGUCUGGAUUUAAACUUUUGUUAAUUAACUUUUUAAAUCUCUUUAAAUUGAGAAUGGGUUUCUAAUGAUUUUAUUUAAGUCAAAAAAAUUGUUUUAUCAUUUUUUCGGUAAAUAUAUACGUUAAAUACAUUUUCAGAAAAAUGUUGCUUUUGAGAAAAUCUUUUCAUGCAAAUGCGCAUUA